GGUGCGAGUCGAGCCUUCGUUGUUAUGCGACGAGCUUGCGGUAACGCCGGUGGUGACUUGUCACAUGUCACAUGGGUGUGCUGAGAGAGAGAGUUCAAGGAAUUGGCAGUGGAUUGUGGACAAAUUCGUGUUAGCGCAUUUCCCUGUCGUAACGUUGGCUUAUGUACAUAAAGAACAUAAUCAAAGUUAG